CUCAUCCAACUCAUCCAAGGAGAAGGAGAAGAAGAAGAAACUCUUGACAGAGAUCCGAGCCGACAGCCUCUCUUGGAUCCUCGAUAAACAGAGUUCGCCGAAAGAUGCGGUCAGGGAGAACGCGGUCACGACGAUCUCGGAUCCUUAUCACCGGGAAAUGGCUAGGGGGAGGAAGGGGUAUAUGAAGGUCGCGCUUAAUUUGGGGGUUGGGGAGAAGGUCUAUGGGCUGGGCGAGAGGUUCGGGCCGUUCAUCAAGAAUGGACAGACGGUCGAGCUUUCCAACGAGGAUGGGGGGACGAGCAGUGCUUCGGCCUACAAGAACGUCGCGUUCUACCUGACCAACCGGGGUUACGGCGUCUACUACGAUCACGCCGACCACGUCUCUGUCGAAGUCCAAUCCGAUAUCAUGUCCAAAGUUCAGGCUUCGGUCCCGGGGGAGACCAUCCGGUUUUACAUCAUCGCUGGAUCCACCCCGAAAGAGAUAUUGACGCGGUACACCUUGUUGACCGGUCGACCGCCCCUCCCGCCAGACUGGUCUUACGGUCUGUGGUUAUCGACUUCGUUCCUGACGUCGUAUGAUGAGAAGACGGCCAUGCAGUUCGUAGACGGGAUGGAGGAGAGGGACAUCCCGUUGCACGUCUUUCACUUUGAUUGUUUCUGGAUGCCAGCGCACGAAUGGUGCAACUUCACCUUUGACCCGGAAUAUUUCCCAGACCCGGCUGGGUUCCUGGGACGAUUGCAUGAACGCGGAUUGAAGGUCUGCGUCUGGAUCAACCCGUACAUCGGGCAAGAAUCCCGGUUGUUCGCAGAGGGGGACGAGAAGGGGUAUUUCAUCAGACGAGUCACGGGAGAGACUUGGCAGACUGACGAUUGGCAGGCCGGGAUGGCCGUCGUCGAUUUCACCAACCCGGAAGCUACCGAGUGGUACAAGGACCAGUUGAGGGGGUUGGUCAAGCUCGGCGUGGAUAGUUUCAAGACCGAUUUCGGCGAGCGGAUUCCAGCGAACGGGGUCGUCUAUCACGACAAGAGCAACCCGAAGGCGAUGCACAACUUUUACACCACGCUGUACAAUAAGGCGGUCUGGGAGGUAUUGACCGAAGAAAAGGGCGAGGGCGAGGCCUGCUUGUUCGCUCGGUCCGCCAUGGCCUCGGGACAGACCUUGCCAGUCCACUGGGGAGGCGAUUGCGAUCAGACGUUUACGGGGAUGGCAGAGACCAUACGCGGGGGUCUGUCACUCUGUUUGAGCGGGUUCGGAUACUUUGCUCAUGAUAUCGGAGGGUUCAAGGCCGAGGGAAAGAACAAGCCUGUAUACAAGGGAACCGGGAAGGAGGCCGCAAUCUACAAACGAUGGGUACAGUUCGGACUCCUCUCGUCCCACUCACGAUUGCACGGCUCCGAGACCUACCGAGUUCCCUGGCAAUUCGACGACGAGUCCUCGCUCGUAUUGUCAAAGUUUACCAAGCUCAAGAACCGAUUGGAGCCCUAUUUGACGACCUUGUCGAUCGAGGGCGCCGUCAAAUCGGGUCAUCCGUUGAUGCGCGCCAUGUUCCUCGAAUUCCCUCAAGAUCCGACUGCUUGGCUCGUCGAUAGCCAGUACAUGCUAGGAGACGCAUUGUUGGUCGCCCCAGUCUUUGACGAGGAUGACGUCGAGUAUUACGUCCCGCCGGGAAGUUGGACGAGCUUGCUAGACGGCAGACGCGUCGAAGGUGGGACUUUUGUCAAUGAGACCCAUUCUUACAUGACCUUGCCGUUGUUGCUUCGUCAAGAUCACGCCGUGAUCAUCGGCAAGGAAGGUCACACCGUGCUGGACAAGGUCUCGGACGAGGCGAAAGGAUUCACGGUGGUGGUCUCGUUCUCGAUCACCAAGAAGAUCACCGCUCGUUCGGUAUUGCGGGACGGAUCGCACAUCGAAUGCUCUAUCGAGGCGGCGCAAAGUCCAGAUGGCAAGGACGUAAAGAUUGUCGUCAACUUGGUCAGCGAGCUCGACGACAAGGUACCGUGGGAAGUUUUGGUGAUCGGCGACGGUGUCGGUCUAGAUAGCAAGGAGCCUUCGACGCUGCAGCAAGCCAGGGGCAAGGUAUGCGAAGUCAACCUGUAGGCACGCGUCGUGAUAUAUACCU